GUGAGACUUCGUCUGAAAAAAAAAAAAGUUAUUGGAAUAUUUUGAUAUCAGAAUUUCUGGGGAACGUUUGGAUUUCCAGAAUCUCUUUCACAUCAGCUGUAAUAUUCUCCAUCCACUGCCCCUGGCUGCUGCACCCCUGCACCUCCAGGUCUGCCCGUCUGCCUGGGGCCAGGGCCCAGCAGUCAUGACAGACACCCCAGUGGAGGAAUCCCUCUUCCAAAUCAUCCACUGCUUCCACCAGUAUGCAGCCCGGCAAGGCGAUAUGGAGACCCUGUCCCUGCAGGAGUUGCAGGCCCUGCUCAUGGACAAUGUGCCCCGCUUCAUGGACAGCUUGGGCCGGAAGGAGCCGUACUAUAUCACAGAGUUGUUCCAGGCCGCAGACAAGAACAAGGACAACCAGAUCUGCUUCGACGAGUUCCUCUACAUCUUGGGCAAGCUGGUGAAGGACUACCACCUGCAGUACCACCGGCAGCUGUGUGCCCGCUACUGUGCCCAACACAGCCUCUACUAGAGGGAGCUCAGGCAGCCUCCUGCCCACCGGAGCUGGACCCAGGAGGAGGCGGGACCUGGCUAUCAGGAGCUGAAUGGAGAACAAAGCUGUGUGUGUCUAUGUGUGUCCCUGUGUGUGUGUGCACAUGUGUGUACAUGUCUGUGGAAAG